UCAGGUUUCGCUUCGUGUUUAUCGUGCUAGGACAAGGUGGUGAUACACGCAGAAGCCUCUUGAGCAUAUAUUGGGAUGCAUCUUCGUCCCAGCAGCCCUCACUCAUCUGCAUCUUGCGAAUACUCUGCUGUCAGCGCUGGUUAGACUAUGAUUCAAGUGGGAUCCACUAUGCAGACGAUAUCUUUCAUUGACGAUUUCCACCACCAAAUUCCUCAUACUCCCCGGUACCAUCGUGAACACAUUGUUCGCUCGAAAACAGCGGAUCCGUCUUAUCACCCAGCGCGACCCAGCGCUGUUCGCCGCCCAUCCUCUCCACACGAAAACAAUGACGGACCUCCUUGGGCACACAUGGCGCAGACGUACGCUUGGGUGGCUGACCAGGAGCAUACUAGACUGGAUAAACAGAAUAGGAAGACGGAGCAGUGGGUUACAGAGCAGAUUUUCCUAGCCAAUCGCACAAACCACGGACGAUCGCCGAAACCUUCAGAAAAUGGAGAGCUUCGUUGGAAGAUGAUAGAUGAGCUUAUGUAUGACUAUGAGGUUGAGGCACAGAGAUGGAUGAAACAAGAGGAGUCGAGACGGAAAGCUGCAGAGAGAGAGCAAGAGAAGGCCAGGAUUGUUCAAGACGAGAUAAAGCGUAUCCAGACUCGGGUUCGACAGCGAACGCAGAGUGAAAAACAGAAGAUCGCAGACGAGAGACAAAGAGAAUAUGAGGCCACCAAGCUUAGAGAGCGCAAAGAGCGAGUGAGGGCAGAACGAGCCAAGGUCAAUGCGUGGACCACAUAUGAAUCGCGGUGGACUGCUCUGCCUGCAUCUUCCGAGCCCCUGACUUUUGGAGCAAUUCCAUGGCCACUUUUCUCACCUCCCGCUACUGCGACGGAUAUCAUACCUGCGAACAUUAUCGCCUUUGUUCUUUCGCCAGUACACUCGCAGAGUCAAUCACGGAGAGAGAGAGCCCGAAGUGCCUUACUACGUUGGCACCCAGAUCGCUUUCGUCGAAUACUGGCCAGAGUUACCGCAGCAGACAAGGGUGCUGUUGAGGAGGGCGUGGGCAUCGUUACUAGGUGCUUGAAUGAACUGAUGGCGAAAGACGUCAAGGCUCCUUAAACUGUUUAAACUCAUGAUUAAUUAGGGUUAUGCCCGAGCUUUCAAGCCAUGCUUUAUUUAUUGACGACGAAGGACGAGUGUGCGCCGGAGCCCAUUCCGUCGCACUGAUAUGCAGAGGAGCGCAGGAAGCGGCUCAUGCAGAAGCGAGAUAGCAUUCACUGUAUUUUGUAAGAUCAAGAGAUAUUUCAAUGUAUAUGAGACAUUUUAGCAUGUUU